CUCCCUCCCUCCCGUCUCCAUCUCUAUCCUUCGCUCCCUGCCUCCCCCUCCCCACCAUGUAGAAGAUGGCUGGUUCCCUUUCGCUGGAGUGGCCUGGAAGGAAAAAUCAGACAGGCACCCCUGACAGACCGUUUCCUGGUGCCAUCUCCAGCUGGGUCGCCGCUAACGCCCAGCAGCCGAGCAGUCAUUCUCAUAGUUUGGUCUUCCCACACAACCCUUGUCUGUUUGUUAUCAUUUUCUCCCAUUCCCCUUUGAUUCCAUCCCCUCCCCUUUGCAAGCCCUCACCCCCGGCCCCCCCGAAAAAAAACCCCACUGUUCUGGGAUAUGGAGCACCACAGAAGGAGAAGGGGCCGCUGACCAAAGGCUAGUUGGAGCCAGCCUCCAACAUGGCUAAUGGCAGCGAGUCGGAGGAGCUGUCUGGCUCUCUAACCCAGUCAACAGCGGUCUCUACCCACCUAAAGCUGGUGCUUCUGGGUUUCAUUAUAUGCGCCAGCUUAGCGGGCAACCUACUGGUUUCCCUGCUCGUGUUGAAAGACCGCUCCUUGCACAAGGCCCCUUACUAUUUUCUGUUGGACCUCUGUCUUGCCGAUGCCGUCAGAUCAUCCGCCUGUUUUCCAUUUGUCCUGCUUUCCAUCCGCAAUGGCUCAGCCUGGGCAUACAGCCUCUUAAGCUGUAAAGUUGUGGCAUUCAUGGCUGUCCUGUUUUGCUUCCAUGCCUCAUUUAUGCUUUUCUGUAUCAGUGUUACUCGCUACAUGGCCAUCGCCCACCAUCGAUUUUACUCCAAGAGGAUGACGCUGUGGACGUGCAUUGCAGUGAUCUGCAUGGUCUGGACACUCUCGGUCGCCAUGGCCUUCCCGCCGGUAUUCGAUGUGGGAACUUACAAAUUCAUCCGCGAGGAGGACCAAUGUAUUUUUGAACACCGCUACUUCAAAGCCAAUGAUACCCUUGGAUUUAUGCUGAUGUUGGCGGUGCUGAUCGUUGCCACUCAUAUUGUCUAUGCCAAACUACUCCUCUUCGAGUACCGCCACCGCAAAAUGAAGCCAGUGCAGAUGGUUCCGGCAAUCAGCCAGAACUGGACAUUCCAUGGACCUGGAGCUACAGGGCAGGCUGCUGCCAACUGGAUUGCUGGAUUCGGAAGGGGGCCGAUGCCGCCCACUUUGCUGGGUAUACGUCAAAACACCCAUACUGCCAACAGGCGUCUCUUGGGGAUGGAUGAGUUUAAAAGCGAGAAGAGGUUGGGGCGGAUGUUUUACGGGAUUACGCUCAGCUUCUUGGUGCUUUGGUCACCCUAUAUCGUGGCCUGUUACUGGAGGGUGUUUGUCAAAACCUGUAGCAUCCCUCAUCGCUACUUGUCCACUGCCGUGUGGAUGACUUUUACUCAGGCUGGGGUAAACCCUAUCAUGUGUUUCCUACUUAACAAAGACCUGAAGAGCUGCCUUCAGCUCCACAUCCCCUUUUGGAGGACGAAAGCCUUGCUACCUAGGGAGCCUUACUGCGUAAUGUAAGAGGGAACCCAUUCCACUCCCAACGUCACAAACCAACCUCAGUGAUUGGGAAAUAUGGAUUUACAUGACCAAGUGGGCAUGAUCAAGAAGGAUUUCAUAAAUUGGACCAUCAUAAGAGUAAAGAAGACGUAAAAAAAAAAACAUAAAAGUUGAAAGACCAUGGCUUUUUUUUUUAAAGUUUCUUUUUCUAAAGAUACAAUUGGUGAAAGAAGGACUCGGUUGGGAGGGUGGGGGAGGGGUGCGUGAGAAUUUCUUGGAUGUCUCUUUUUUUUUUAUUCCAGCUAAUGCAUUAAGGGAUGAUGGGCGGAGCUUGGAUGGGAGGGCGGUUGUGACAGAGGGAGCGCAAAGUUUGUCUGACGAGAGGGUGACGGGGGAGGCUUGGUGGGAAUUUAUGUAUUUGUUUAUGGACAUAUUUAUUGACAAUGGUUGAAAUGCCAUCACUUGUAUUAAUGUCUUUUGAUUGAUACAAAUAUGAGGGAGUUUGCUUUCCA